CAGUUAUAAGAGAGCGCGCGUGGUGUUCCUCAGAACUGAAGCUCGGGGGUUUGACGACGGAACGGAUGGAUGGAGGUGCUGGUGAGAAACCUUGUUUGACAUCCACUACUUUGUGCCGACCACGUUGCUGAGCACUUCAAGAGGAUUUCCUGAAAACAGAAACUGCAUAGAUUGCAAACAUGGCCUCAGUCUCAUCCAGCAGUGAAAGUGAGUCACAAAGUGUGCUUACCUGGGAUCAAGUGAGCCGCUUGAACGGCGUGCUGAUGGAGGCCGUGCCAGUUCACGGACGUGGCAACUUUCCCACCCUGGAGGUCCGGCUGAAGGAUAUCGUUCAGAUGGUUAGGACCCGUCUGGAGCUGAGGGGCAUCACGGUCAAAGAUGUACGUCUGAAUGGCUCCACCGCCAGCCACGUACUGGUGAAGGACAUCGGCUGGAGCUACAAAGACCUGGAUGUCAUCUUCAGGGUAGACCUUCCUCGGGAAGAGGAGUUCCAGCUCAUUAAAGAUGUGGUUCUGGGCACUUUGUUGGACUUUCUGCCAGAGGGGGUGAACAAAGAGAAGAUCACUCCCAUGACGCUGAAAGAGGCCUAUGUCCAGAAGCUGGUCAAAGUGUACACCGAGCAGGAUCGUUGGUCCCUCAUCUCGCUGUCAAACAACAAUGGCCGCAAUGUGGAACUUAAGUUUGUGGACUCGAUCCGGAGACAGUUUGAGUUCAGCGUGGACUCCUUUCAGAUCAUUUUGGACUCCGUUCUGUCAUACUAUGACUUUUCUGAAAACCCCAUGUCCCGGCACUUCCACCCUACUGUGGUCGGGGAGAGCGUGUACGGCGACUUUUCUGGGGCUCUGGACCACCUCAGGAACAAGCUCAUCGCCACCAAACGGCCGGAGGAGAUCCGUGGAGGUGGUUUGCUCAAAUACUGCAACCUCCUGGUGAGGGACUUUAAGCCCACAGAUGAAGAUGAAUUUAAGGCCCUGGAGCGCUACAUGUGCUCCCGUUUCUUCAUUGACUUUCCCGACAUUGGUGAGCAACAGCGUAAACUGGAGGCUUAUCUGCAAAGCCACUUUGUCGGUGAGGAGAAGAGCAAGUACAACUACCUCAUGAUCCUGCGACGGGUUGUGAACGAGAGCACCGUGUGUCUCAUGGGACAUGAGAGGCGGCAGACGCUUAACCUCAUCUCGCUGAUGGCGUUUCGGGUGCUCGCCGAGCAGAAUGCCAUACCUGAUGCAUCUAGCGUCACCUGUUACUACCAGCCGGCUCCGUACGUCAGAGACCUGAACUUCAACAACUACUAUGUGGCCUCUUGUAACCAGUCCAUUCCAACUUGGUUGCCUUGUAACUAAGACUCAAAGAUGCUUGUUCAACAACAAAACCCAUGAGUUGGCCAGAGAGCCGGAUGUGGCAGUAAGGGAUGUUUCCCUCUGUAGGCAUAAAGGAUAUUUAAAACGACAAGCGUUUCCUUUCUUUUGUUUUCUUUUCUUUUAAUUCCUUCUCUGCAGAGGUGCCAAGACAUUUCUGAUUCAAAGUUAUAUAUUUUAGUGAAAUUUUUUUUUUUUUUUUUUUUUUAACUUUAAUAUUCUAAAGUUCCAGAUAUGUCUGCUCUCAUCUCUCUCUGUCCCUGGCUUAAGAGAAUAACCUUUUUUUUUGUUUUCCAUAUUGAAGAGAAACAAUUCCCAUAGUGCCUUAAUAUAUUCUAACCUUAAAAUGAAGGAAGAUUCAUAUUGGGACAAAUAAAUAUUUUUCCUGUGUGUUACAAAAUAAAAAGGCCAAAAAAAAAAAUAAAAAAAAUAAUGUUCUUGGAAAUUUGGAGAGGAAAAUAAAAAGUUAAAAAAUUGAAAGAAAAAGAUAAUGAAAAAUGUGAGCACAGGUGAAAUAAGUUUUUGUUCGUUUUUUGGUACACUGGUGGGCAGCUAAAUUCUUUUUGUUCUCGAAUAGAAAUGUGAACAGAAUCAUGUUACAGUAUUCAUAGCAAUGCGCUUUUUAGUUUGCUGUGUGAAUGCAUAAAGAUGACUUGUUCUACCAUAUGUUUUUGAGAAUUUGUGCCAUUUGUAAACCUGUUCGGUCUUGCUAGUUACAUCAAAGGUGAGACUGAAAUUUGAAUUUGGUUGCAGCAUGUACAAAAAUAUGCUUUUUCCUUUCCCAUAGAGCAGAGAGGGCAGUUAAACGGUCUUUUUAUGAAGACGAUUAAUGAAGAUCUUCAGCUCUAGUGGGUAAACCUUCCUUAAUCUCACGUUAACAUUGUUUGCGUUUAAGUGGGUAGAGAGGACAUGUUUGUCCAUGCAAGGUUCAGCUGUUGGACUAUUUGUCCUCCUGAGCUUUUUGUGACCAUUAGUAGACUUAGCACUGCUAUGUGUAACAAGACCUCCUCCAGCUAACAGCCAAGCCAAAUGGUGUCACAGCACUCUAAAAUUAUCCCUUCCUGCAGCUCUCGGGAUGUGCCUUGAAUGGACAGCAUGUGGGGUGGAAUUUUUAGUGGGGCAACUGUUUUUCCUUCUGACUGGCGUCACUGUAGAUGAGGGGUGAAUGCUGGUAUGUCACAAAGCCUUUUCUGGUAAUUGAGGUUUGAGAGGGGUUGCCGUAUCUGCGGGAUAUACCCUUGCUCAUUCACAUGGACGUAAACGCAUGUCAGUGUGGAUUCCUUUCCAGUUUUGGAUUUAAUUGAUGUUGCUGCUCAUGAGAUUUAUUGGGCUUCGAUGUCUCCUGUCUUGGUCCUUUGUCAGUGAUUUUGAUAUAAUGGCUCCAUGGAACAUUGCAUUUGUCAGUUCCAUGCUUUUUGUACGUCAGACCUUACUAAAUUAUGUGACUGUCUAUUCUUGUCCUGGCCCCCCAUCAUGGCCCCCGUGUAGUUCCUCUUUCAACAUUCAUCUGUUCAGAGAAGGGUAGUACUCUGUUUGCUGCUCUUAUGUAAUGGCUGACAGCUGCCCCCUGCCCCUCCGAUUUCCUCUUUGCCUCUACUCGCGUGCCACAGCUCCUGCUGCUUCAUCCAGCAGAUAACCAUGAGCUACGUUCCUUCCUUCCCCUAUCUGCACUCACAGACUUCUAGGGUAGAGCGAGACUGGGCACAUGGCCUCCCAUUUAGUGGGUUACACCCCAAAGCACAUUGAGCUGGAAUGGAUUUUUACUAUUGUUGUUUUUGUUUAGUAUUUUGGCCAACAAGUUUUUUUUUUGUUUUUUUUUUUUUUAUAUCCUCCUCGCUGUUUUUGGGACAUGCAGACUGUGGACCAAUGUCUGAACCAGCAACGUAGCGCUUUUUUUUUUUUUUUUUUUUUUUUUUUUUUUUUUUUUUUUGUAGGGACCCCUUUUGGGUUUCGCAUGAAACCAAUGAAAAGACCUUGUAGCUACAAUUUGGUGUCAUUGAAGUUUUUGCUGGUCCAUUUAAGAAGGGCAGAGGAGGAUGCAUGACAUAAUAAUUCAAGUCCUAUUUAAGUCUCCUGUCACACCUAGCUUUUUCUUAUUGUAGUUGUGUAGUCAUUCCAGUUGUUCUAAGUCAUUGUCACGUCUUUUCAAUGUCACCCUCCUAACAAAAGCAAGUACUGUGCACUACACCGCAUUCUCAGAAUCCAAAAAGGCCAAAUUGUUUAAAUGCUUGUCAAUGAAUGCACUUUACAGGCCUUGUGACAAGCUAUCAGGUGCCCUUUUUUUUGGUGUCUCAGGGACAUGAUAAAGGGCUACGGUGUCUCUUGAGGGUAACAACUCUUCCUGAAAAGUGAAACCGUUUGAAAAGCAUUGUAUUACUAAGGAAUUUAAAGUAAAUAAAAUGUUAGCUCAUCAGGAACAAGUACUAUUAUUUCAGAACUGGUUUUCCUUUGUGUGAGAGUUUGUAUGAUGUGUAGUGGUUGGUCAACAGAAUCUCACCUUGAUCUGUCUUUUUUUUUUUUUUUUUGGAUCAUGUAUGAAAAUAAAAAAAACAUGUCGUUUUUUUUUUUUUUUUUCCUGUUCUGUGUCCCCCUCUGUCAGCUGUAAUUCUAUAUCCCCCAGUGUUAUUUUAUUCAGUAGACAAUGGUGUUGGAGCUUUUGUAACUCUGAAUGCAUCUGUAACUGUGUGUAGGGGAGGUUUAUUGGAUUUGGACAUGCUUGUCUAAAGUGCAAGUCUUAUUGAUGAUUCGAGGCCUUUUUGAAGCCCUUUUGCGACGUUGCAAAGAGUUGUGGAUUUCAGCAGAUUUUGUUUACGUUUUUCUGUGAUUAUUUGUCGUUUGUCUGUGAGGAUGCUAAUGAUUGUGAGUUUAAAAAAAAAAGUGAAAAAUGGAAGUCGCACUAUUAUUUUGAAAUGGUUAUGUCGGUGUGGUGACUUAUGAUGUAGAUUCAUUAUGCCAUUUUGUUUCUCAGCACUUUUACCUCACUGUAAUUUUCCUUUGAAUGGAAUUGAGAAUAAGGAAAAUGUGUAUCAAGGGGAAAAAUAAAGUAUUGAAAGCCCA